AUGAGCUCCUACCUAGAGCAUGUCUCCUCCGGCGGCAGCGGGGGUGGCGGCGACGUGCUCAGCUUCGCGCCCAAGUUCUGCCGUGCCGACGCCCGGCCCGUGGCCCUGCAACCCUCCUUCCCCCUGGGCGGUGGCGAGGGCACCUUUGUCAGUUGCCUGCCCCUGGCCGCCGCCGGGUCACGACCUGCGUCUUCAUCCCUGGCGGCGCCCGCCCAGCCUCCUGCGCCGCCCCUGGCUGCACCCCGGUACGCGCCGUGCACCCUGGAGAGCGCCUAUGAGCAGAGCGUCGCACCUGCUGCUGCUGCGGCGGCUGGGGACUCGGACUACCAUUUCUUGGGGCCCGGGCCCGCGUAUGACUUCCCGCGCGCGCUCCGGCGGCCGGCAGACGAAGGUGAGGUGCACGUCCACUACGCCGCCUCGGCGGUCUUCUCAGGCGGCGGCUCUUUCUUCCUCAGCGGCCAGGUGGAUUACGGGGCCUUCGGCGAGUCCCGACCAUUCCCAGCGUGUCUCAGGGAGCCAGCCGAUGGCCACCCCGGGGCCUUCCAGACCACGUCUCCGGCCCCCGGCGCCUGCCCCAAGCCUGCCUCUCCGGCUUUCGGCCUCUCCGCCGCCUUCAGCACAUUCGAGUGGAUGAAAGUGAAGAGGAGCGCCCCUAAGAAAAGGAAACCCGCCGAGUAUGGAGCCGCUAGCCCCUCCAGCGCGAUCCGCACGAAUUUCAGCACCAAGCAACUGACAGAACUGGAGAAAGAGUUUCAUUUCAAUAAGUACUUAACUCGAGCCCGACGCGUCGAAAUAGCCAAUUCCUUGCAGCUCAAUGACACCCAAGUCAAAAUCUGGUUUCAGAACCGCAGGAUGAAACAGAAGAAAAGGGAACGAGAAGGUCUUCUGGCCAUGACCACCCCUGUGCUCUCUCUCCAACUUCCCCUCUCAGGAAGGAGCCCUCCCAAGUCUGGCAAGAACCCAGAGAGUCCUUCCCAGGCCCAAGAACCUUUAUGA